AUGCUUCCAGCAUCGCAAAAACAUCUGCUGGCCUGGUAUUCAAACGACGGUCGUACGGCCAGUCAGAUUGACUACAUACUAGUCAGCUCAAGGUUCCGCAGCUGGGUUCACGAUAGCAGAUCGAUGCGUGGUGCCGAGACUGGUAACGCCCAUGGAUCGGACCAUGUCCUUGUCCGUACACGCCUGAAAGUUCAUCUCUCAUCCGCACCAAAAAUGCCACGUCCUAGACGCCUCAAUGUCGCAAAAAUCCGGCAAGCCAGCACUGCCGAGGCCCUAAACAGAGAAAUCCGGACCUGUUUUACGGCCCGAGCCGACGGAGAAGUCAGUAACCAGUGGUCGUCACUGAAAACGUCAGUUUGUAGAGCAGCUGAAAAAAUCCUUGGAUAUACUGAGCGACGCCGCAGUGACUGGAUCAGCGGAAGAACCCUGCAGUUGUCUGCUCGGACGGCUAGAGCCAGGUCCCGCAACGAUGACUACUUCCGCCAACUUCGGAAGACGACGGCCAAAUCGGCCAGGGAUGACCGGAAACAAUAUUGGGCUGAAAUAGCGACAUCCAUGGAACAGGCCUCGAACGUUGGUGACACUCGAAAGCUCUACCGUCUGAUCCGCCAAGUUAGCGGUAAGCCCUCUACACUGAGUGACUCUGUUUGCGUUGUGAACGGCGGCUUUAUUGCUGACAGCUCGACCAAAGUCGAGCGCUGGCGUGAGCACUUUGAGUACCAUCUCAACUUCGAUACCCAACCUGCAUCGCCCUUGUUUUCCUCCUCAGCGGAGUUUCUUCCCUCUCCCACCUAUGCAGUGCCAUGCGAUCCCCCCUCCGAGGAAGAAGUCGCCGGUGCCAUACGAAAGUUGCGCAACAAUAAGGCACCCGGAGAGGACGGUAUACCCGCUGAAAUCUUCAAGUCUUGUGUCGACACUCUGGCGCCCUGGCUCCAUGAGGUGAUUGAACGCGCGUGGAGAGACGAAGUUGUUCCUGAUGACUGGGGCUUAGGCAUCCUUGUACCUAUCCUCAAGAAGGGAGAUAAGACGAGAUGCGAGAACUACCGCGGCAUAAGUCUCAUCGACGUUGCUGCGAAGAUCUUCGCUAUUGUCCUACUCAGUCGAUUCCAGGCUGUGCGUGACUCAAGGACGAGGCCCAACCAAGCCGGAUUUCGUGCUGGACGUGGAUGCGCAGAUCAGAUAUUCACACUGAGGCACAUUCUCGAAUUUCGCCAUAGCCACCAACAACCGACGGCCGUCUGCUUCGUUGACUUUUCCGCCGCGUUCGAUUCCGUUCACCGUGAGUUCUGUGGCGGAUAA